GUAAACACACAAAUGGGUUUGUCUCCUUAAAGGCUUAAGGUAUGAGCCGUUUCAACUAAAGUAAUUUCAGGAACAAAGGAGUGUUACGAGAUUUGAAUGGCUAAAUAUUUCUCUGUACCGCAGAAAAAUCUGUUGUUUUCAAACAAAUUUCGCGCUGUUCUCUUGUAAUUUGCUUGAUGUCCAGAGUUCAGUGAUUGAUCAUUCAGCUGCCACUACAUUGAACAACUUAACAAAAUCGAGGAUAUUCAUAUUUCCAUAUCGCCUCAGCCCAGCACAAGAUUAGUUGGACAUCCUCAACCUCUGAAUAGUGGCGAUGGAUUAUGGAGAGUUGAGGCACGUUGAGGUUCAGAUAAGAUCCGAUUGAGUUAAAAAAAUUGAAGCUGGAAAAAUCGUUCGGGAAAUUAACCAAUGCAAGUUCAGAUCCGGUGCUUAAAAUAUUUUGAAAAACAACUUAUAAUAUCUUAAGUUUUUUGACGAAUUCGAUGUAAUCAGGAAAAAAGUAAUACAUAUACCUUAUGAUGAUUCAGACUUUUCCCACAAUCGAUAAUCAAUCACUUCACACUGGGAGCUAGCCAAACCUCGCCAAACCCUUACGAUCAAUAUGUGAAUCGGCUAUGGACAACGCUUGGAAAUUAAUUACUCCUCCAGCGACCAUAUAAACAAAUUCCGAAUGGACCCGGCCGGCACGCAUGCGCUCAAAAACGGUUUGGAUUCAAAAAUGGUUCGAAGACACAGGUGAUGAUCAUCAUCGGCGGUGUUCAGUUUCGCAUUUGCAAAAAUCGGUGUUGCAUUGCAUUGGAAAGCGUUCUGCGGUUCAUCAUGUCCUUUGCUUUGAAUACUGCAAUAGUAAUUCUAUGUCUAAGAACUGCUGCAACUAAAUACCUGGUGCAGGAAAGUGAUUAUCUGGAACUACCCUCGGAUCAAACCCGGAUUUCAGAAGAAGUGGUUUGUCGUUCGGCGAAAAAUUCCUCUGACGAAUGUAUUCUGGAGGUGGUGGUUAACUAUAGGAAACCGGGAUUUGAAUUUAGUGUCCAAUUAGACUGUUCUCGGAAACCGGUGUUCGAUCAUCACUCACUGAAAGUUUUCCGGCAUGUGAAUAGCUACAAAUUGAGCGGUAGAAAAAUGCGAUCCGAUCGGUUGGGUUUGAACUAUUUGAGUUUUCCAGAAAACGUUGAGCUGCUGGAAAUUUACGGAUUUUGUUCCGAGUGGAUUGCUGAUAAAGCCUUCGAGAAAUUUAAAAACCUCAAGCAGUUAACGAUCCAGGAAAGUGAUUUUGGGAUCAUUUCCGAGAAAAGCUUUGCAGGGUUAUGGAGCGUAGAAACUCUGCAGUUCAAAAAAACUUCAAUCUACAAUAUGACGGAAUUUACGUGGAAUAGUUUUCCUGGAUUGAGAUAUUUAGAUAUUGUCGAUAGUAGAUUGAUCAAUUUCAACUUGAUCGACAAUCAACGCCUGGAGGAAAUAAAUUUGUCAGAUUCAAACUUCAGGGCCCUUCACGGUGUCUUUCAAAAUGUAACAGAACGCACUAGAAAGAUUCAAGUUUCAAAUACAACUAGCAUCAUAGCUGCUAAUGUAGACAUCAAUGGAAGCACUGAAAGUUUGUUGGAGCAAUUAGUUUUGACGAAAGCGAAUAUCGAAAAAGCGACAAUUCGCAACUAUCUCAAACUUCACACGAUAGAUUUGUCAUGUAAUAGACUUUCCGAACUCUCGGUGAAGUUUGAAAUGUUGCCAUCCCUAAAAUAUUUGAAUUUAAGCCAAAACAUGUUCAAUUCAUUGGUUAGUCAACUGAUACGAAAUUGCUCGAAUGUUAAAACGUUAGACAUUAGUCACAACCACUUGCAAUUUCUUCAGCGAGACAGUUUGUUAGGUUUGACUAAUCUGGAAAUCCUUGAUCUUUCAUACAAUUUGCUUUCUUCGAUGGCUCUUGCGUUACCGAAUUUUCAUCUCAAAGUGUUAGUUAACAACAACACCUGGAAUUGUUUUUGGUUGCAUCAAUUCGCUCGAGACAAUCCGGAAAUGUUUACAAGAUUCAAAUAUACGAAAUCAUACACGGGCCUUACCGUUCAAGGUCUACCGUGCGUUAUCGAUCAGAACGAUAAUUCCGAUUCAAAAAUAACCCUGGAGUCAAUCGACACAUCAACGAUUCCACAUCAUCCAUCCGGCCUCAUCCAAACCUAUCCAAAAAGUACCAUUACAGAGCCCCUUGUAAUUCCAAGCCGGGGUAAAACCAUCCUAGCGACCAUAGGCAUCGGUCUUCUGAUUUCGCAAACGCUUCUGCUGCUCUACAAUCGCUACAUACGGAAACGCUUUGAUCCGUUCUACCGGAAGCUACCCUCGGAAACGACUCAUGAAAGGCUAGCAGCAACACGGGAAACGAUGACGGCCCGAUCGUACUCGUUUUUCUACGAACAGCCACGUUCCGGUGACGAUGAAGAUAUGAUUAAUAUUUACGAAGAAAUUCCCGAAAGGACGGAGCAUGUCAACUAUGACCGGUUGCAGUUCCACCGGAUGGAAAUUGCCGAAUAAGACGUCUUAGAUGUUUGAGUCUUCAAGGUACCUUCAA